AAGCUUUUCGCCGUGACAACAAACCGACAAGCAGCCCACAAACUGUCACCACACCUGGCUCAGCAGCCGGCACGUUUGCAUCACCAUGGCGGCAGCACCUUCGUCAGAGCCUUCGUCAGCACCAUCGUCAGCACCCGCGUCAGCAUCCUCGUCAGGGCCUUGUGGCAGUGAGCUCAUGGAUAUCCUCUGCGACUUCAUCAGCGAAGAAUCCGACAUGCCCAACCUCCAAGAACGAUUCAAUCUCUUGAAGCCCACCAUCGACGCCAUCAACAACGAUGAAGAUCCUAUUCUGCGUCCCGUGCUUGACUUCUUCGACGCGCUCUUCUUCAGUGACAGGAUGGCGGAGUGCAACGCAGUAGCCGUGUUCGCAGAGAUGCCUCCCCUUCGAAUGGGCUGGUCACAACACUAUCCGACCGGAUACCUCAUCAGCAUCAACUACCUCCAUGGAGCUACGACCUCACGCGACGGUGAACCGAUGUCUAGAGCUGACGCUGUGCUCGGCACCCUCCUUCACGAAUGCAUCCACGUCUACAACAUGGGCAUGCCUUGCGACGACCCCGACCAGCCCUGUGAUCUCCCCUCUCUCGGCAUGCACGCAGCUUUUGCUCCCACCGGCCAUGGACCGUACUUCGACAAGGUUGCUAGAGCUCUCGAAGCUGCUGCAGCUCGCCUGGGACUACCCCUGACUCUCAAUGUCAUCGAUUACUGAGGACGACGACUGAAGAUACGGGGAGAUAGCAACGUUGUGGAACGGAGGAGACAGUGGCCACCGAGUUUAAAGACUUCAGGGAGGAAUGGGCAUACAGAGGUUUCACAUUGCAAAUUCAGAGCAAACGCGAGAUAGCAAAGGCCUUCUGGCAAACCAUUCCCGCGUUUACGCGUCUUUAUCACCUUCCGCUCUCAAUACCUA